UUCACUCCCAUCUUCCCCAGCAUCACCACAAUUACACCCAAAUACAACACAUGAAACCCAGCUUUUUUCUAUCUGAAUCCUCACCCUUUCAACCCAAUUCUGAUUUUAUCUUCUGGGUCGUCUUCUUCUGCCCUGCAAAUUACAGGGAUCAUCCAUAUGAGUACAGCAGCUUAGCAAGAACCAGAGAUUUUGUGCUGGAAGUGGGCUUAGUUUUGGAUUUGAAUUGGUGGAAACAAUGGAGGGUUGUUCGAGUUGGGAACAGAGGACACUGAUCAACGAGCUGACUCAGGGCAUGGAACUGGCAAAGCAACUAAGAUUCCAUGUGGAUUCACCAUCCUCCACUGAGAGCCAGAAGUUUUUGCUCCAGAGGAUAAUGGGUUCUUAUGAGAAGGCUCUGAUGAUCCUCAACUGGAAUGGAUCAGUUGGACAGCAGCCGCAAAGGCAGCCGUCCGAUCCCGCGGCGGGCCUUGCGGAAUCUUCCCUUUCCGGGGAGGGAAGCCCUCCAAGCCACCACCAGGACCAGAGCGGUGUCUCAAAGAAGAGAAAGGUGACGCCCAUACGGAUCCAGCAGGUGAGGGUUUCCUCAGAGAAUGGAACCGAAGGGGCCAUUGAUGAUGGCUACAGCUGGAGAAAGUACGGACAGAAAGACAUUCUUGGUGCCAAACAUCCCAGGAGCUAUUACAGAUGCACAUACAAGAACACUCAAAACUGCUGGGCUACAAAGCAAGUGCAGCGAUCCGAUGAUGAUUGCACCAUAUUUGAGAUCACAUACAAAGGGGAGCAUACCUGCAAGCAGAUCCCCAGCACAGGCACAGGCACAGCCCUGGCACCGGCAUCCAUAGAAAAGCAAGAAGAACUGGAAGGAAGUGAUUACCCCAAUAUCCACCUGCCACAGCCAUACGGUGACAUGCUCUUGAACUACAGAGCAAGCUUGACAGUCAAUACAGAAGAGAUUGACAGUAAAGCGAUGACUUCUCCAUUCACCUUUCCUUCGACAUCAUUCGGAUGGAUGGAAAGAGAAACCCAGAUUUUCCCUUCGCUUGUGUCGCCGGCGGGGUCUGAAACGAAUUACUUUUCGGCGCCACCAUCCCAGAAGAACAGCAGCUUCGGAGUGCGUCACAAUUUUCAGCAUUCGGAGUCUGAUCUCACUGAGAUGAUCUCAACGAAUAAUACACCUACCAAUUCUCCGCUUGUGGACCUGGAUUUCCCGAUCGACCCAGCUGAUCUAGACACCAAUUUCCCAUUUGACACGCCUGGUUUCUUCACUUAACUCUGCUUAGAACAUUGAGAGAAAGCAACAAGGCAAUAAAGUAGGUGUUAGCAAGACACAGAUUGAGCGCACUCAUGGUCCACAUAUAAGCUAGCGAGAGGGGAUUUAGGAUAAUCUGCCAAUAUAGAAUUUCUCAAUUAAAUUUCACUAGUUUAAUA